AUGGUGCAGGCUGUGACUCGAAGCUCUCGCUUAUGCAUUCGGGGCCCCUUGUUGAAAAUGCCCUGUUGGGUUGGCUUAGCAGCGCAGAAUGGUUGGCAAGUCUUUGAUGGUGUCAAGCGUUUGUAUAUUUUUAUUUUUGGUCCUGUGGUCGAUACUGCUACAAUCUUGUAUUUGGGAUACUACUGGAUCCGUGUGCCAUCGAACCGUGGGAAAGUUCUGGGCGAGCAGCUCGCCCAGAAUCUUCCCACGGGCAUUCACCAUCCCCAUCCCCCACUCUCGGGCCUGCCGUUGGAGGCCAUCCAAAGCUGUCGCUCCGGGAUUGAAAACUGGAUCGAGUACCGAGAAACCCUCACAAAAAAUGAGGAGAAAAAAACAGGCGGGGAUCUCCCCGACAUCUACAUCCCUCUCGUCGUCACACAGACAAGGCUAGCCCUAAUGUGGACGCAGUACUCGUCUAACUUCCCAGCAUAUCCAAAUCCUGUGGAGAUCCCCAGUCGUCCACAGCGAGUACAUGGACACAAGCGCGAGAUCCAGUACUGGGUGCAACAGUGCCGUCUCGCCCUCCUCGACUACACCCCUGCAGGUCAGGAAAGCGGAUUUAUUGCCGAAAUAACGCACCAGCCCCAUGAAGCGGAUGGAAGCGUUCUUCCCACUUCGCUCCUUGCUGGCGACGCAAAUCGGCUUUUAAAUAAAGCCAAAUCAUUCGAGACGCUUGCUGGCCAGUGCCGCUUAGGAGCGAAUAUCCUUUAUGCCGCAUGGGGCCUCCGUCAGAUUCUCGAGUUAGGAUCUGAGUGCCUGCAUGAACACAUCCAAUGGACGAAAGAUGAAAACUCUCCGUUCAUAACGUUGGCACUGGCUGUCUGCGUUUCUCCUCUUGUCCUUCUGAUGGACACCACCAUGAAUCGGGCUGGCACCGUUCCCACAUGGACGUCGCUGGCGUCGCAUGUCUGUCAGGGGGCCCCCUUCCCCUCUAUUUCCGGUGGGGAGGUUGUGAUGGAGAACGCGAUCCUCCAAGUGGUGGUGAGUGUAUGCGAGAGAGGGGGUCUAGCAGUACAGGACCUCUACAUCCUCAACCACGCAUGGACUUACCUUAACCACAACACCUCGAGCCCCCAAGCCCCCCCUCCGGACGUCGACCGGAUGCAAGAAGACGGUGUUGACCUCCAAAAACGAAAGCGCACGCGCUCGCAGCACUCUGUAGGCCACUCCGACGGGUACAAGGCCCAAGCCACUCGGGCGUCGAAGAGGAGAAAGGGAAAGAAGAAGGCCAUGGCUGAAGACGAGUCGAUGGAGGAUGGCACAGCUGCCGCUGUCACGAAGGGGUCCACCUCCAGAGGGGGGGAUGAUGACUGGCGUAAGUUCAUCGCCGAGUUUGCUGUCCCCGACCUCGACGACAUCAACGAUUGGCCUGAGCUGGUCGUCCCUGACUCCACUUCGCGUGUUCCCAACUCUACCCCGCAUCCUUCUUCUUCUCACCACUCGACCGAAAAGGUGUUGUAUAGCUUCACCUUCUCUUGCGUCUCCACCAAUGAUGGUAUGACUUGUGAAUGGAACGAGGAGACAUUCCAGUUCCCUAGCAAGCCUGAUUCCGAACCCAUCCUCGUGCUAAAUCGCUUGGUAUCAUCCGUCGCUUGGGACUCAACCUGGUCCCCCCACGCAAUGGUGGAAGCUGAAGCGCUCACCAUGUCUCCCGAGGAUUUCCAAUCUUUGGUAAACAACCUGGGCCUCCUUGUCUUGGUCGGCCUCCCCAGCGAUACCGUGCUGGACCGUUCCCUUCUCCUCUCUCGGUUGAGCAAGACAGCUCACGUUCAAUGCUUCAAUUCCGACAGCUCCAGAUCAGGGGAGGAUGAUGAACAGUCGUGGGAGCCACUGCCACAAGUGAUCGACGAACUCACUGAUUGGCGAACUUCACGGCCGUUGGUCGUACACCACCUCAAGGGGGUUGUCCGUCUUCCUGUGGAAAGCCUCCUCAACUCUCUCGACGGUCUCCUGUUCGAGUACCUCGACGAACGUGGAGGCGAUCUUCCGGAAGAUUACAACUCUUGGAGGACACCGAUGCUGGCCACCGUGGGGUCGUUUACGGCUCCACACCUGGAUGAAGAUGGGGUCGGCACCGUCCUGCAUUGCAUUGCAGGUUACAAGCUGAUAUUCUUCCCCAUCGAAUUGGAGGUCCCCUUGAUCGUUAAGUACGACGACUUGGAUACCCAAGGUAGCAUCGGAUUCGAGUACCUGUUCCACUCCCCGAACCGGUUUGGCAUCAUGGCCCCGGGCCAGGUCCAUUUUGUCUUCACGGUGUCAAAGGAAGACAAGGGAGAGUUGAGCGUAGGGGCCCUGAUGCAAGGGUCAUUUUUCCUCUCGCCCCGAUGCAUGGUUCGAUCUUUGCACGCAAGUUGGGUGGACCGACUCCUUCAGUCGCAAAGGGGUGGCCCCAUGGAUAGGUGCGACACCAUGACAGCAAUGCUGGAAGCAUAUGUCUUGGACUCACAUCGACGGCUAACGAGUGGCUGCUCGUUGGUUGGGCAACCUGAGCCAAAAGAAGUGCUGGCUGCGAUGUUCAUGGCGUUGGUGUACUCCAAGGAAACGGAGGUCGAUCGGGGGGCACGGUGUGUGAUCCACCAUUAUGCCCGUCUGCACCCGGAGGACUUUAGCCAAUUCAGGCGUGAAUUCAGCAAAGUUCGGGCUGCCAACCUGCAGGAUGGUGGUGACAUGUUCACUGCCGAAGACGUGGAAUCACUUCGUGGCUCCAUGAAGGCUGCGGUCCAGGCGAUGAUGGACGAGGGGAUCCUCGAAUAG